UUCACCAACAUUGGCCAAGCCUACAACCCAACUACAGGAAUCUUCACACCACCAGUGAGAGGGGUCUAUAACUUCAUAUUCAGAGCCUGUAACAACCAGAGAGAUAAGAGCGUAAUUGUUGCCAUGAUUGUGAAUGGCAAGUUCAUUCUGCACAAUUGUGAGCAUGAACCUGAUUCCCAUGUUAGGUGUAUAUCUAAUGCAGUCAGUCAGCAGCUUGAGAAGGGAGAUGUGGUGUACAUGGAGUUCCCCUCAGGGAACAUGCUCUUUGACAGCGAUAAUAAUCACAAUAUCUUUAGUGGCUUCCUGCUCUUCCCUAUGUGAGAACACCAACUGCUGUAAUGGUCUCAGGUGAAGAGUCUGUAUUGUAAGACCCUCUUGGAGCCCCAAAUGCUCCUCUUACUACAAUGAAUAAAGCAUUAAAAAGCAAUAAUACUGUGUAUGUGUUGUUCGUUUACAAAGACAUUGUUUACAAAUAUUAAAGUAAAACAACAUAUUUUGGGUUAUGACAUGGGGUAAGCCAGUUUUAUUUGGCUCAUAAGGCAUUUCUACGUUCUAUUCUUCCAGAAUCAAUGGGUCUAUAAUAUCAUUCAUUCAUUGAGAUGACCAUUGAAGAGUUGUAAAUAUUGCAGAUUGUACCUUGAAGACUGAAAAAGAGUGCCAUCUGUUGGUUGGUAGUCUCUGAAAGAGGUGCCGGUUUAGAAUGGAACAACUGGCCAGGGGCCUGGGUUAGAAUGCUGAAUGACCAGUAGGAGACAGAUGUACAGAACACACUUUUACGCCUAUCGGGCACACACAACAUUGGCAAUGAGAAGGGACAAGUGGAAGUGAUAGUCGUCCCUGCUUAUUACCAAUGUCAACUAUUACUGGUUUCUGUAAUAGACACAAAUUGAGCAGGUAUUCCACAGUGGUAAAAGCCUAAUAGCGAUGUGCUUUGUUUUCAUUAAUAUAGCAAUAGUUUACAUACACCGUGCGAGUCAGUUUGGCUACUUUCUCUCUGUCACACUCAUCAGCCACUCCGCCCCUCCUCCACCCUUCUGUGCUGAAACAACAAGCAGAUUGCAAAACCUCUCCUGAGUCUCGUGAGCAAGUCCACAUUUAAGUUUAAAACAACAACAAAAAAUUACAUGCAUUUCGACUAUCCACAUUUUUGGGGGGGGGGAUAUUCGAAUAGAGAAAUCAUUUCAAAUGCCCAAUCCUACUCUUCCCUGUGUGAGAACAGGUGUAAUGAUCUCAGUCACAGUCUGUAUUGAAAGACCCUCUUGGAGCCCCAAAUGCUCCUCUUACUACUAUUAAUUAAACAUUACAAAUCAAUUAUACUAUAUGGCAACAGCUCUGGUGGACAUUCCUGCUGUCAGCAUGCCAAUUGCAUGCUCCCUCAAAACUUGAGGCAUCUGUGGCAUUGUUUUGUGUGACAAAACUGCACAUUUCAGAGUGGCCUUUUAUUGUCCCGAGCACAAGGUGCACCUGUGUAAUGAUCAUGCUGUUUAAUGAGCUUCUUAAUAUGCAACAUCUGUCAGGUGAAUGGAUUAUCUUGGCAAAGGAGAAAUGCUCACUAACAGGGAUGUAAAUAAAUUUGUGGACAAAAUUAGAGAAAUAAGCUUUGUGUGUCUACGGAACAUUUCUGGGAUCUUUUAUUUCAGCUCAUGAAACAUGGGACCAACACUUUACAUGUUGCUUUUAUAUAUUUGUUCAGUGUAUAUUUCCACACUAUGAUGAUGGAAUAAUACUGUGACGUGAAAAUUAACAUAAUGCACUUUUAAGUGUAAGCGCUUUUUUAAAAGACCAGAUGAAAUGUCAGCCAGUAUUGGUGGGAUGGCGUUUUGGCCUGCCUGGUGACAUCACCAGGAGGUAAGUUAGUUAACAGACCAAUAAGUAAGAGAGUUCCAAACCUCUCUGUCAAUAAUAGCUCGUUUUCAGUUUUCCCCUUCCCACUCAGAGACAGUCCUAGCAAAAUUCUUGCUUGAGAAAUGCCAAUUUUUUAAGAAGCUGUUUUUGUUUCUUAUUUACAAUUUUAUUGUAAAUAAUCACAGUAAGGUAUUUAAUUGUUACCCAGAAAUUAUUUGAUAACGAGAUUUUGAAAAAAGGCUGCAUUAGACCUUUAACUGCUUUGCAUUAACUGCUAUAAACGUUUUACCACACAAAAAUAAAUUGACAAACUGUAAAGAAAUUAGGAGAUCAUUUACUAAACAACAGUUGGACACUUCUCAUGGGUCUUAUACAACAUAGAUCAAAAUGACGCACUACGUGCCAAAACAGAUCUUAUCAAAAUGUUAUCAAAAGUCCUUGGCUUUAGGUAAAAAUUGUCCAUUGAGGACACGUGUAUCAUGUAGCGCUACCCGAUGUGUGUGUAUAUAAAGAGGGGGACUGAGCCUCAAACCUGCAUCAUAUCUGAAGAGGCAUCGUUUCGGAAUGAAGGGUGUUGUAGCUCUGCUGGCGUUGCUGUUCUGUCUGUCUGGCGCAUGGGCUCAGGGAGGGAGUGGAGGGCUCAGAGAGAAUGACAUCACUCAACAGGGUCACAGCACAGGCAGAGAGGGCAUAGUGAGAGAAGUUCAGAUAGAGCGCAGAGGGACUGAAGCUAUGGGCAUGAUGGACGACCGCACACCCACGGAAGUUGACCUCUUGACUGAUGUGAAGGAGCUUAGAGACAUGGUGUACAAGCUGGGAACCAUCGUGGUGGAACAGAGAGAGAAGCUGAGGAACACAGAGGCCAGAGUGGCAGCCAGUGAGGAUCAGGUGAUGGACCUUAGAGUGGAGCAGAGAAUCACUGCGAAAGAAGUAGAGAAACUGGAGAAAGACAAAACCGCUUUGGAGGCCAGACUGACUGCCAGUGAGAGCCAGGUAGAGGCGCUGAAGAAAGAGAAUGGAGCCCAAUCAGCUGAACUGUCAACCAUGGGGGCCAGACUGACAGCCAGCGAGAGCCAGGUAGAGGCGCUGAAGAAAGAGAAUGGAGCCCAAUCAGCUGAACUGUCAACCAUGGGGGCCAGACUGACAGCCAGCGAGAGCCAGGUAGAGGCGCUGAAGAAAGAGAAUGCAGCCCAAUCAGCUGAACUGUCAACCAUGGGGGCCAGACUGACAGCCAGCGAGAGCCAGGUAGAGGCGCUGAAGAAAGAGAAUGCAGCCCAAUCAGCUGAACUGUCAACCAUGGGGCCCAGACUGACAGCCAGCGAGAGCCAGGUAGAAGAACUGAAGAAAGAGAAUGCAGGUAAUUCAUUUAUCCUUACUCGACGAAUGAAUUAGUAUGAACAAGAUUUUCUUACUCAUCUGGUUUAUGAGCAUUAACAGCUUACAUUUCCAUCAUUUCAGACCAAGCAGCCAAUCUGUCUGCCAUUAGCGCAAGAGUGACAUUCAGCGAGACAGAGGUGGAGGAACUGAAGAGAGAGAACGCAGACAGACCAAAGGUGGCCUUUUCAGCUGUUUUAUCAUCAGGAGUUGUAGGACCAUUUAAUACUGAAACCACAGUGGUCUACACUAGAGUCAUCACAAACAUUGGCCAAACCUACAACCCAACUACAGGAAUCUUCACAGCACCAGUGAGAGGGGUCUACAACUUCAGAUUCAGAGCUUGUAGUAACCAGGAUGUGGGUCGUACUGAUAUUGUAUUGUAUAAGAAUGGACAGAGAAUGAUGCACAAUUUUGAAUACCGAGCUGAUUUAAAUCUUAGAUGUAUCUCUAAUGGCGUCAGUCUGCAGCUGGAGAAGGGAGAUGAGGUGUACAUGAGGCUCCCCUCAGAGUACGAGCUCUUUGACAGCGAUUAUUAUCACAAUAUCUUUAGUGGCUUCCUGCUCUUCCCU